AUUCGUCAAUCAACUCGUAACACACUCACUGUGUGAUACACAAUAUUGUCGGUUAAGAAAUAUAUUAAUGUUAACGUGAUAGUUACAUUAAUAAAUGUCUACACUGAGAAAAGUGAAUCCCCAGCUUACUGUGUCUCGGCGAUGGAGCGUAACUCGUCGGACGAAGAAGAGGACCACCAGAAUUUGAUCCCACAGAACGACACUAGAGACAACGAUCUCAACCUCCACCGGGAAAAUAAGCUUCAGUCCGUCAGGGCUAACGGCGGUGGCAGGAGUCCGAGAUCGGCGUUCCAGAUCGACGACAUCGCAUCGCGAGCUCGCAACCGUUGGAAAAUCUCACUCAACAAGCGUUACGUCGUUGGUGCCGUCUCUCUAGCUCUAUUCCUCGGGGUUUUGUUCUUCUUUACUGAUACUCGUAGAUUCUUCUCGGUGGAUCUCUCGAGCUUUAAGCUUGAUCCACUAUCGAGUCGGGUCAAGGAAUCUGAGCUACAAGCUCUGUAUCUCCUGAGGAAGCAACAGCUUGCGCUUGUAUCUCUCUUGAACCGUACAUUGGUAGACCAAUCAGCCAAUUUCAAUUCUUCGAAUGCAAUUGGUUCGUCUGUAGUAACAGACAAUGUGAAAGCAGCUCUAGUGAAGCAGAUCUCAGUGAAUAAGGAAAUCGAAGAGGUGCUUCUAUCACCACACAGGACUGGGAAUGACUCUAUCACUGGUUCUGGUUUAGAUAGUAUUAGUGGUUCUUACUAUGAUGAUGGUAGAUGUAGAAAGGUAGAUCAGAAGAAGUUGUUGGAUCGGAAAACAAUUGAAUGGAAUCCUAGAUCAGAUAGAUUCCUUUUUGCUAUCUGUCUCUCAGGUCAAAUGAGCAACCACUUGAUUUGUUUAGAGAAACAUAUGUUCUUUGCUGCUCUGCUAGAUCGAGUUCUGGUGAUCCUAAGUCCUAAGUUUGAUUACCAGUAUGAUAGAGUGAUAGAUAUAGAUCGGAUUAACACGUGCUUGGGAAGAACUGUUGUUAUUUCUUUUGAUCAGUUCAAGGAGGUUGAUAAGAAGAACAAUGCUCACAUUGACAGGUUCAUCUGUUACUUCUCAUCUCCACAGCCUUGUUAUGUGGACGAGGAGCAUAUCAAGAAGCUGAAGGGAUUGGGGAUUUCCAUUGGUGGGAAGCUUGAGGCUCCUUGGAGUGAAGAUAUAAAGAAACCAACUAAGAGAACUUCUCAAGAGGUAGUGGAAAAGUUUAAGUCUGAUGAUGGUGUGAUCGCCAUAGGGGAUGUCUUCUAUGCUGAUAUGGAGCAAGAUUUGGUGAUGCAACCUGGUGGACCCAUCAAGCACAAAUGCAAAACACUGAUUGAACCCAGUAAGCUCAUUUUGGUGACAGCACAACGAUUCAUCCAGACAUUCUUAGGAAAGAAUUUCAUCUCGCUUCAUCUCCGUAGACAUGGGUUUCUGAAGUUCUGCAAUGCAAAAUCGCCAAGUUGCUUUUAUCCCAUACCACAAGCUGCAGACUGCAUCAGUCGGAUGGUGGAAAGGGCCAAUGCUCCAGUCAUCUACCUUUCAACAGAUGCUGCAGAAAGCGAAACGGGUCUGCUUCAGUCACUAGUAGUCGUUGAUGGAAAAGUCAUCCCCUUUGUCAAGCGUCCACCUCGCAACUCAGCAGAGAAGUGGGAUUCGUUGUUGUAUAGACAUGGUAUAGAAGAUGACACUCAGGUGGAUGCUAUGUUGGAUAAGACAAUAUGUGCAAUGUCCAGUGUCUUCAUUGGAGCAUCGGGUUCUACUUUUACAGAGGAUAUCUUGCGGCUAAGAAAAGACUGGGGAACUUCAUCUAUGUGCGAUGAGUAUCUCUGUCGAGGCGAAGAACCAAACUUCAUAGCUGAAAAUGAAUAAAAAAGUAAACACAUUCGUUUAACUUUCAUCUUGUCUCUGAUUCCAUGGUUCUUCUUCUUUACCUGUAUUAUAAUAGAAUAGGCGAGUUUAAUUCUCUUCCGACGAUUUUGUUCUUUUGCCGGUGAAAUAUAGUUUUUUUUUCCUUGAGAAAUCUCGGAACAGCUUGAUUGCUUUUGAAACAUGUAAUUGUAAACCAAAGAUUAUUGAACACGGAACGUGGGCUAAAUUAGCAGUUAUUGAA